AAAAAAAUAAAUGCGAAGUGCCUUCCUCAGUCUAAUUAGAUGUAUUUAAAGGCAGUAGGAACAAAAAGAGAAAUCUUGUUUUUGUUGGAAAGAAUAUCAGUGUACAGUAUUCUAGGAUUUUUAUUUAGAAUCGUUGUCAUCACCGUGUCUUAAAAGCCAACUGAUCUAGACUUAGAUGGCAGACAAAGAAAAAGAAGAGAAGGAUGUAUUUGAGAAAAAACUAGAAGAUGAGACAAUGGACAUGCAUCCAGAUUGUGAUAAGCAAACAGACUCGUGUCAAGAUACAUCAUGUGAAUUAGCCAAAGAAGAAGCUGCUGAGCAUAAUACCAAUGCAGACUCUACAAGCAGUGAACAGUUUGAAGAGGAAGAGGCUCUGAAAAAGUUUGAAGUUAUGUUUAAGAAUCGAUUCACUGAGCUGGAUCCAGGCUACUUACCAUACAAGAGUUCAAACGAUGCUGAAGCUAUUCCAGUUGUUGAACGCUUUGCUCCUCCUUGGAACUCACAGAACAGAAGAGGAGCUUUCCAUGGAAGGGGACACGGAAGUCGUCAACAUCACCAACAUAACCGCUACAAAAGGCGGCAUGAGGAGUACAGGUCAAACGACAACAAACGAGGUAGAGACAGUUACCAUAGCAACCAUCAGAGGGAGAGACAAAAUUGGCAGAGACAGGAUCACUAUUAUGGACAUAGGCAAAAUGAACACUUCAUGCAAACUGAUUCAAGAGACCAAGGUUAUAGAAGAUACUAAAAUGUAUACAAACUGCUAUGGCCAGAGGGUCAUUACUUGAUAGCAUCCUUGGUUGGUUACAGAUUCAGCUUUGUUUAAAGGAUAUAGAGGCUGGAUACUGUGAUACGUGAAAAUUAUUGAAAUGCAGUCAGUUUUAUAAAGAGUGUACCAGGGUCUCGUAUCAAUAUCACCCAAAGAAAAAUGCAGUGGCGAAUUAAAGCUGGAACCACUUAAUUUUUAAAAAAAUAGAGAAAAAAAGGAAAUUUAUAUUAAUCAAAAUUAGGACAAAAAGUCCCAUUUCCAGCCAUCUAGAGGUGCCAUAAUCAUAAAUUUGCUUACCUCAGCCCCCAACCAUGGUGGGGUUUAGGUAGUCUGUAGUAGACUCUCCAUCUGUGAAAGUUCCUCCCUGGGCCCCCUCUUUGAAUUCUUGGAGCUACCACUGCUUUAGAAUGUGAUAUCUUUGUAUCACUACAUGCCUCAGCCCUGACCAUGGUGAGGCUGAGGUAGUCUGGACCUUUCAUCUGUAUCUUUCCUUCCCCUGACCCCCUCUUUUGCUAGUUCUUGGAUCAGCCACUAACUUCAGAAAUAUGAAUCCCGGGAUGGGUUAUGCCUGGAGAAAUGUCAACCCUUCUGUUCAGCACUGUGUC